AUGUCGUCUAAGACCGUGAAAGUAAAGCAAAAGCAGCAGCGUCGUGAGCGUCUGAAGGGCUGCUGGACCAUUUGGCACAUCGAUAAUUGCGUGAAUAGAAUUUUGGAGCAACGCUUAACUGAAAUUGCCAGCUUUAACAAGUCACAGGAGUUUCAUGACAUUUUCAAUGCCUUACCAAGUCCGCUAAAGCUCGAUGUUGGUGAUGAUUAUGCGGUCUAUCGCAAGGGGCUCACACCUCUCGCAAUAGAGAAUUCCAAUAGCGGUCAAUGGGAACUGGUGCCUGAAAGUAAUAGCGCUUUCAAUUUAGAGCUAUUUUGGGAAUGCAUUAAUCAAAUGAUUGUCUAUGAGUUUUUCGAUCACAGUGAACUGAUAGGUGGUGUGGUUAUACAACGGCGCUCUGAGAAAAACAGCAUACUAAUCUGGCUUCUCGAUGGACGUCAGUCGAGCUCUGUGCUGAAAAUUGGUUAUAAGCUUAAAGAAAAGGCCCCCAUUGGCUGCACUCUUCACUACACACAGCACGAGCACAUGAUCUGGUCCGGUAGUGCUGCAUUACCCAUCUAUAGCCUCUGAUACCAUACAUUUGUACCAAGAAUUGUGGAUUGAUUCUGAAGAGAUUAGUGAGAUGUUGGGUGUGCAAACACAAUUGGGUACAUGGGAUUAUAAUCAAAAUGAAAUAAGUGUGAAAUAAACUACAACU